UAUGCAAGUUUCCUUGUGAAGGAAGUGACUGACACAUUCCCACAGCUCUUGGAUCAUGGGCUUCGAGUUCUCCUCCAACUUUUGACUACAUGGAAAAAUUCUUCACCUGGGUUAAAUUUGAAGAGAUCCUCUGAAAGAAGUGGACAGCAGGGCUCUGAUCAUUCCAUGAGCGUUCUCUAUUUUCUGGAGGGAUUUGCUCUUGUCAUGCUUUGUCAUGUUCGGCUCCUUCCUCGCAAGUUGGCAGUUGGCAUUCUCAAAGAAGUCAAGCACCUUGCACUUUCUCUAGGCAUGCUAUCAUCCGAAGAAUGGGCGAUUGAUGUCCUUGAUAAAAAAGCUCAGUCAGUCUUGGAGAAAUGUACCUUCUUACUACCUGCAUCAGAAAAGGCUGCCAUCUCUUCCACUGGUUCUACCUUGGAUAUGCAGUGGUUGGUGGAUCGCACUCAUAUUAUUUGGACUGGAGGGUCAUGGGAAAGCUGUCAGGAUGGAGGUGGGAAGAUUUGGACACUCCCCAUCAGUGUGGCUUAUGAUGCUUGGUCAAAUGUCCUGAUUUUAUUCCUGGAAAGAGAUAAUCUUCCAUUGCAAUGCCCCUCUGCCAUGGCUCAUGCAUGGCCCAUUGUUCACUCUCGACUCAUGUCCCUCUUCCCUGUUAUUGACCCCAACCCAGUGACUGACAACAGAGCAUCCUUGCUUCGAAGUACAUCCACCAUAAAAAAGCCCAUCAAUGAAAAAGAUGCACAACUCCUUUUGUGGAAGAAUUAUGCCAUCUUUUCAUGCCGGGUUGUGCUGCCAAAUACGAGCUCCACAUUUAGAUGUGCCUCACCUGAUUUAGGUCUCAGUUCAUCUCCUGAGACUGGAGGUGGGGAGAAGGAUUCAUCUCUAGUGAUUUUGAAACAGACCUGCAGCACUGGAUCAUCGUCUUCAUCUGCCUUAUCCUCAUCUCAUCCACCCAGUGCUUUAUAUAAGCUAUUGCUCCCACUUCUUCGAUGUGAAUCUCCACCAGUGCGUGAUGUUGCUGUCCUAGCACUAGGCACCAUUAACCCUUUUACUAUCAAGGACAUGAUGGAUGAAAUGAUAUCAUACUUGAGAGAAGCCCUGGAUCGGAAGCAGGAGAACAUGCGACGGAAAAAGAGACGAGAUGCCCUUAGACUUCAUCCAUGUGUGUUGGACAAGGAUAACCAUUGCUUGCACCCUGUGUUUGUUGAGUACAUUGAUGGAGCCAGGCUCUACCUUGAAUCUGAACCAGAGAAGGAGAAUCCUGUGCGAGAAAUCAAACUUUACUUUUGCAGCUUCAUUUACAAACUCAUUCAGAGCUUUUCUUUGGAUCUCCGACGAACUCUCUUGGGGCGGGAUGUUCGACGGAAUCUCUUUCAUCUUUUCUCCUCAUGGAGUGGAAAAUUGAGUCUAAAAUCUCACAGUAAGGACCAACAGGAGUACCAACUGCAUGAUUUUGAAUGGGGGGCUUUGCAAGCCAUGUGUGCAGUUCUUGCCUGUGGUCCAUGCUUUGACCCAAGAGAUCUUCUUGAAGAUGGCUCUCUUUAUCCUUGGUUGGAUCGCCUCUUGGAGUUUCCAGACAAGAAGGUACAGCAAUUGGGGAGAGAAACACUGGAACUCCUACUGGAGUUCAAUGGGGACACUGGGGCAUUGCUGGACUCUGUUGUGGAGAGAUGUUACACGGGUUCAGUGCUGGUUGCAGAUGCUUGCUUCUGUGCAAUCGCCUCCAUCUUCUCAAACAGGGAAUACCCAUGCGAUCAUUACACUGCGAUCAUCACUCUGACGCUGUUGAACACGGGGAAUCCACGAGUUGAGAUAUCUGAAUGCGCCUUCCAUCUACUCCUUCUCCUCGAUAAGAGAUUCUUCGGUGCUCCCAAUCCCUUCCCCUUUGACGACCAGCCUCAACAAACCAAUCCCCCAGACCCGCAAGGUGUAGCCACUGAGAAUAAUCUCCUGGGAAAAGAGGAUGCUACUGACGAUCCUAGAGUCGCAUUGGAGGAGUAUUGCUUUAUUUCACGCAGCGACGUCGGGACAUACGCUCCUGAACUGGAAAUCGACGUGGCUCUGGCAGAUGUAACCGAGCCAGCGUCAGGCGGCCCGGGCCCUGCUACUUCAUGCCAAGACUUGUUCGGUGCUCUUUUGCGCGAGAGACAUCCAAUUGACAGAAGAAACUCUCCAACAGAUGUAGUCACUUCCCAGAUGAAGAGAUUUAUCCUGGAGCAAGGAUCACGCCGGCCGAAAGGGCCCUACCUGUGGGAUAAAAUCCUCACCGCUUGUUCUCAGAAUCACGAACAGUAUCACAACGAUAUCGGGGCUGUCCACCCGUAA